AUUUCUAGGUCUAGGGCAAUGGCCACUGAGCUCCCAGGGCAUGAUCGUGAUCGCGGCAGGUCUGUAGAGUAGGAGUGUUCUCCUGGAUCUCGAUCGAUCCAGAAACGAUCGAUUGGAGCGCCAUGCCCAUGGUUUCUACCAGUCCGCCGGAUUUGGAGCCGACGUUGCUGGCGCUGGGGAUGAGAAAGCCGGAGGAUGACGAUGGCGACGAAGAAGAAGAGGCUCCCAGCUUUCUCAGCACCAACAAUUGUGGCCAUUUUCUUGGGAUUUCAAUGGACAAGCUCACGGCGAAGUACAAUGGAGAAGGCAAGCAUGGCAACGAUGUGGGGGCUGUCCAGGGAAACAGGCCGGCGCCAUCCAGAAGGCUUUGCUACUACUUCGAGAUGACCGUGUGUGAUCGAGGACAAAAAGGAGUGAUCUCGAUCGGAUUCAGCGAUCAAAACUUCAAGACGAGCCGUCAGCCCGGAUGGGAGCCAAAUAGCUAUGGCUACCACGGAGAUGAUGGGAAGCUCUACUACGGCCCAAAGAGCAACGAGAACUUAAACGUGACCUUCACAACGAAUGACACUGUUGGAGCCGGUAUAAACUACCUUGCUCAAGAGCUUUUCUUUACGAAGAACAGCAAACUAGUAGGGAAAAAAUCCAAGGAUGUGAAGGUUCCACUCUAUCCUACCAUUGGACUUCAUAGUCCCAACGAGAAGGUGUCUGUAAACUUCGGCCAAAAUCCAUUUGUUUUCGACGUGGAGGCUUUGAUUCAAGAGGAACGCGAGAAGCGUCAGGCAGAAGUGGAAAACGUUCCUCUGCCUUUAAGUGUGAGCCACAGCAUUGUGCGUGCAUACUUGCUACAUUACGGAUACCAAGAAACUUUGGAAGCCUUUGAUGAUGCUUGCGGUGGGACAUUCCCAUCCGUGGUGGGCUUGAAGGACAACGGUGUAAAGCCUGUUCAAGAGAACUACGCUCUCCACGAGAGAAAUGCCCUUCGUCGGCUCGCCAGGGAAGGUGAUGUGGACGGCGUUUUCUCGAAACUGCGGGAGUGGUAUCCUGAGAUACUAGAGGAUGGGCGCUCAGCCAUUUCAUUCCUUUUGCACUGCCAGAAGUUCAUUGAGCUCGUAAAGGCUGGAUCUUUGGAGGCAGCAGUCACUUAUGCCCGUGCAGAACUCGUAAACUUCUUUGGGAAUCUUUUGUUCCAGUCGCUGCUCCAGGAUUGCUUGGCUUUGCUCGCCUACGAAAAGCCGGCGGAGUCGCCCGUGUGCUACUUGCUCAAGGUCCGGCAGAGAGAGGCAGUGGCCGACGCGGUGAACGCCGUCAUCCUAGCCAUGAAUCCAAACUCGUCGGGUCCAUCGCCACAGUCGACGCUGGAGAAGCUGUUGCGGCAACUGACGUGCUCGCAGCGCGAGGUGCGAGCCACCAACGGUGAUCAGGGCGAAGUUUUUAGACUCCACAAGGUGCUGCAAGGCAGCAAAGACGGAGGCUGGUAAAACUAUAUCACACCUCCCACUGUCUCUCUCAAGUGUGGGAAACAAAGACUCGAAAAACAAAAGAUAUGGUGUAGUCCAUGGCUGGAAUCCAUGGAAGCUCCUGGCGUGGCAAAGGAGGAGCUCUCCACGAUCAAUUGUCUUUCAAUUAAGCUCGCGAUUUUCUUGUA